GCCGUCUACAAACAAGUAUUGGAUGUCCAAAGGAAUUCAGUCUCCCCCCCCUUGAAAGUACUUAUUUGACAGGGCACAGUCAGAAAGAGCUUGCACUCCCACCAAGGUUCAGUAAGGCACAGACGCUCAGUCUCCUUCCUCGGCUCUCUUUUUGGAACAUUUGGUGGAGCCAAGCAAAAAAUAAGCAGCCAUGGAUGCCAUCAAGAAGAAGAUGCAGAUGCUUAAGCUCGACAAGGAGAAUGCCUUGGACAGAGCAGAGGGAGCCGAGGGAGACAAGAAGGCAGCAGAGGACAAGAGCAAACAGUUAGAGGAUGAAAUAAGUGAGUUGGAAAAGAAAUUGCGGAUCACCGAAGAUGAGAGAGAUAAAGUGCUUGAUGAAUUCCAAGCCGCCGAGGAAAAAUUGCUGAGCGCCGAGGAGGUGGCCACCAAGCUCGAGGAUGACGUGAUAGCUCUGCAGAAGAAGCUGAAGGGAACAGAGGAUGAGUUGGACAAGUACUCUGAGUCUCUUAAGGAUGCCCAGGAGAAACUUGAGCUGGCUGAGAAGAAAGCCACUGAUGCUGAGGCCGAUGUCGCUUCCCUUAACAGACGUAUCCAGCUGGUUGAGGAGGAGUUGGAUCGUGCUCAGGAGCGUCUGACAACUGCCCUGACCAAGCUGGAGGAGGCUGAGAAGGCGGCUGAUGAGUCUGAGAGAGGCAUGAAGGUCAUUGAGAACAGGGCCUCCAAGGAUGAGGAGAAGAUGGAGCUGCAGGAGAUCCAGCUGAAGGAGGCCAAGCACAUCGCAGAGGAGGCUGACCGCAAAUACGAGGAGGUUGCCCGUAAACUGGUCAUCAUUGAGAGUGAUAUGGAGCGUACAGAGGAGCGCGCUGAGCUUUCAGAAGGCAAAUGCUCUGAGCUUGAAGAAGAGUUGAAAACUGUGACCAACAACCUGAAGUCACUGGAGGCCCAGUCUGAGAAGUACUCACAUAAGGAGGACAAGUAUGAGGAGGAGAUGAAGGUCCUCACCGACAAGCUGAAGGAGGCUGAGACACGUGCUGAGUUCGCUGAGAGAUCAGUAGCCAAGCUUGAGAAGAGCAUUGACGACUUGGAAGAGAAACUGGCACAUGCUAAAGAGGAGAACCUUGAUAUGCACCAGAUGCUGGACCAGACUCUAAUGGAACUAAAUAACAUGUGAAAGCCUGGUUUACCCACUAUGGUUUGGGCUUUUUGUAUUUGCACCUUGCUUGCCAUGAGCCCUCAUUCCAUUCCAUGCCCAUGGUGAGGAACACAUAACCAGAUGCUUUUCCUUUUGCACCGUCCUGCUUUCAGUGGAACUCAACGAGGGAGUAGAACUAAGGGAAAGGUACAACAUUUCCUUAAUGAAGCCCAAAAUGAGAAACACUUUUGUUUUUGCCAGCUGAUUUAUAAUGUCAGCAUUUUAAUCAUUGACAUUAGUUCGCUUUUGACGAGUUAUCAGGUGAAAUGACGUAUCAUUUGCUACAAAGGUUGUAUUUGGGUCAUUCCACUAAUUCGGUGUCUUUUGAGAUGUGUAACUUGGCGGGAGAACUUAAUUUCACCCAAUUUUUACAUUCUGUCAUAAAGAACAUAUGUUCAACUUAAUGAAAACCAAGUUCUCAUCUUAAGGUAAAAAAAAGUCAUUUUAAAUGACUAAGUGCCAUAUAAAGAAACAAGGUUGACCGUAACAGGGUUGACAAUUUCAUCAUAAAUCUGCCAUAAAUUUCCAUGUGACAGGGAAUGGAAGGUUGUUGUGUGCAACAGGGAGCGGCAAUUGAAUGCAAGCUUCACAAAUAAAAUAGUUAACAGGGUUGACGUGUUCUGCUUGACCCACUCUGUUUUCCACAACAAAAUACCAGGAAAUGGCCGAAAGAGUAGAACCAGCUCACCUGCUUAUACACUGAUUUGACUAUUAGAUGUUCAAUGUUUCUUUUGGAAUUAAAAAAAAAAUAAAAAUGUAAGGACUAGUUUCACCAUAUUAAAGAGUUCAGGUAACAGGGUUGAUCUUAAAACGAGGGGCAGUUUUAUUUGUUUUUCCUUUAAAACUAAUGAUGGUGAAAACUUGAAGACAUUUUGGGGUUAGGUGGGUUAAAAUCUUCCUCAAAGUCAGAGGGUACACAGAGGGACUUGUCAAAAUGCUGGAUUUUGGCACUUAGGGCGAGUCUUUAUUUGUGUUCAUCUGAAUUCUCCAUGUAGUCUAUAUUGUAGAGGACAUUAUUGAAUACAACAGGCUUUUAAAACGAAAUAUUGGUGCACUAUUUCUACUUCAAAUAUUGAAGGUACGCAAAAGGCACUCAUUUCGUGGAACAACCUUUUUAUCUGCAUUUGAUAAAUUAAUUUAGUUUAUAUAGUAACAUUAUUUUGAUUGUUUGGUGCCAAUAUUAAGCCCUGGCUAGAAGGGGAUCUACUUACACUCCCAAAGUAUAUUUAUUUUUCUUUUGAUCCUGAAACUCAUUACAAAAUGCAUGGCAACAUUAUCUUGCGAAAUGCAUUCCUGUUCUCGUUUUUUUUUUCUUCUUGUCUAGAAAUAUGACUCAAUCAUAUGUGAUUGUGCCUCGCAUAAAACUGUUUUAUUAAAUGUAGAUGUUUUAAAUGUAUAUCAUAUCUGAAAUGUAUAAAAUGAAUAUAAAUAAAACCUCACAGUUUAA